UCAACCAGAACAGAUUGCAAAAAUGUUCAACCUGUUCAUAAUAACCAACCUGCUAUACGUCGUGGGUGGCACCACUUAUCUGACCACCAAUAGCCACAUCGAUAUGCCUAUAUACCAGAAACGUCCAUUAGCCGAACAAAUGGAGAUGAUUGAUAUCCUAGAUUUGGGUGACCGGCCGAGAAGACAAGCCGGGCCCAAUAUACACAAUUCAGCGUCGAAAUUCCUGCUGGAAGUCUACAAUGAGAUUAGUGAAGGCCAAGAACCCGAAGAAGUGCUCCAUCAGCGCCACAAACGUUCGUUGGAUGAUGACAUCUUGAUUUCCAACGAGGAUCGACAGGAGAUUGCCAGUUGCAAUAGCAUUCUGACUUUUUCAAGCCGAGUUAAGCCCGAGGAACUGAACAACGAGUUGGAUAUGCACAUCACCUUCAAUACCAAUGAUGUCCCAGUGGAUUUGAGUUUGGUUCAAGCCAUGCUACGGAUAUACAAACAGCCAAGUUUGGUGGAGAGAAGGGAGAACUUCACGGUGUCCGUGUACCGAAAACUGGACAAUCGUCAGGACUUCUCCUACCGCAUCCUGGGCUCAGUGAACACCACAUCCAGUCAGCGUGGCUGGUUGGAGUUUAAUUUGACGCAAACUCUUAGGACGUGGUUACUCAAUAAGGGUCUGCCACGACGAAACGAGCUAAGGAUAUCCAUUGGCGACUCUCAGCUGAGUACCUUUGCUGCCGGAUUGGUGGCUCCUCAGGCCAGUCGCUCCAAUUUGGAACCCUUUAUUGUUGGCUAUUUUAACGGACCCGAGCUAUUGGUCAAAAUACAGAAGCUUCGUUUCAAGAGGGAUCUGGAGAAGCGAAGGGGCGGUGGUCCACCACCUCCUCCGCGUUCGCCACCCGUUGACUUAUAUAGACCACCGCAGUCCUGCGAGCGUCUCAACUUCACCGUCGACUUCAAGGAGCUGCAAAUGCACAACUGGGUGAUUGCACCUAAAAAGUUUGAGGCAUACUUCUGCGGCGGCGGCUGCAACUUCCCGCUGGGCAGCAAGAUGAAUGCCACCAACCAUGCCAUCGUCCAGACUCUGAUGCACCUGAAGCAGCCACAUCUGCCCAAACCCUGCUGUGUGCCCACAGUACUGGGAGCCAUCACUAUACUGAGGUAUAUUAAUGAGGACAUCAUCGACCUGACCAAAUACCAAAAGGCAGUGGCUAAGGAGUGCGGUUGUCAUUAG